CACCUGUCAUCGCCUAAAGGUUACACUUCAAUUUGGCCCGUCCUUUUUGGUUCUUCUCCAAAACCAUUUUUCUCACCAGCUUCCUCGCCUUGAUAAAUCUAAACUGGUAGCAAUUCCCCCGCCAACUACUUUCCAAUCACAACAUGAAGAUUUUCAAUUGGGUGCAAAGGAGGUUUCAUCAUAGUGCCCUUAAAGAGAAUUGGACAGAUGGGUUAGCCCGAAAUAUGAAAAAGGUUGAAUCUAUUACAAGUGAAGCUGACAAGCAAGCAUUACUGAAACAAGUAGCGCUGGUCGAUGUGCUUGAUGGCUGGAAAGAUGGCAUUUUGAGAAUUGGCACAUUAGGGCUUGACCCUUUAAAGCCCUUUAAUCAACAGCAUGAAUAUUUUGUUCUGGAAAGAGAAGAAGAAGAAGAAGAAGAAGAAGAAGAAGAAGAAGAAGGAUACAACGAUAGUGAGUAUAAUGACGAAGAAGAGGAACAAGAUCGAUACUCGUUCCAUAGUGAUGACGCAGAUGGCAACAUGAAUGAGGAAGAAGAAGAAGAAGAAAACCCUUUAAUUUGUACGAGAUUUGAGCACAACUUUGAAGAGCUUGCAUCAACUUUUGAUGCAAAUACUGUGAAAUCUAAAGAGAUAAUUCUCUUCAGUCCAAUAGAGACCGACUCAAAUGUCCAUGAGAAUGAUGAAAGAGAAAGGAAAGGAGAAAGAACAACACUGGCAGAACUGUUCUUGGCAGAUUCUGAGAUGAAAAAGAAGCAGGAAUCUUUUGAAUUUGAGACCGACAUAGGUAAAAAGCAAGCUGUUGGUGCCAAGAAUGGGCUAUUCUUUGCCAAGAAGCUCAUACCUCAUGUGGGAGAGGAUUCACGUCCAAUCAAGAAAUUUCACCAAUUGAUGAGGAGGAUGCUGAAGAGAAAAAUCCAUCCAGAACUUGAAGGAAAAAGCCAGAAAAAAGACAGUCAAAGCAAGCCCGCCAUUAUGGAAGCUGCAGGAAUUAGCAAUGGAAAUGAAAGCGGUGAAUCAGUUUCCCUGCUUCCAACUCCCCCAAGGUCUUUCCGUAUGAGCUUUGAGUGAUGACCUAAUUUUAAUGUAUUAAUUGUAUGGGACUAAUAUUGUAAGUAAAAUUAUGUGGACAAUGUUACGUAUGUGUGGCGUUGCAGCAUAUGAUUUUGUUGUACAAGCUUUUGGAUAAUUUGUAAAUAUGUUGGAUGUUCGGUUGUAACAAAUGUUCAUAGGGUUUUGAUUUGUACUAUU